CCUCCCUGGCCAGCACCAAGCCCCAAAAUAGUGUGGCUGACUUGCUGAUCGAGGUCAGCAGCUCCCGAGAAGCACGAGAAGCAAAAAACUUCACAGUAAAAAGACGGACCCUCCAGGACACCAUGAGGAGCGCAGCCAAGCCCUGGAGUCCAGGCAUCAAGGUGGGCAGCCAGGGGACUGACCACGCGCGGCCCCUGCCUGCAGCCUCUUCUGGCAUGAAGAGUUCUAAAUCCUCCACCUCACUGGCCUUUGAGUCCCGACUGAGCAAGCUCAAGAGAGCCAGUAGUGAGGACAUGCUCAACAAACCAGGAGGAGCCACUGCUUCUGGGGUAGUCCGCCUGAAAAAGACUUCCACAGCCGGAGCCAUCUCUGAGCUCACUGAGAACCGCCUGAGGAGCAACUCAGGAGCCGUGACAGCAGCCAAACGGACAGGCAUUCCAGCUCCUCGAGAACUUUCUGUAACUGUCUCAAGAGACAGAACUGUGCCGCGAGGACCCUCCAACCCCAGGAAGUCAGUGUCUAGUCCAACCUCUUCUACCACACCCACCCCUACGAAGCACCUGAGGACCACUUCCGCGAGACCCAGGCAGGAGCCUGAGGGUGGGGAAAAGGCUGUGCUAGAGUCCCAAGUUCGGGAGCUUCUGGCAGAAGCCAAAGCAAAAGAUAGUGAGAUUAACAGGCUUCGAAGUGAACUAAAGAAGUGCAAAGAGAAAAGGACUGUGAACACUGAAGGAGCCGAUGCCACAGACCCGGAAGCAGACGGAGCAUCAGUCUCACCAGGUGACUCAGAACCUUUGAUAAGAGCUCUUGAGGAGAAGAACAAGAAUUUUCAGAAAGAGCUUGCCAAUCUCGAGGAGGAAAACCAGACCCUGAAGGAGAAACUGAGUUAUCUUGAGCAUUCACCAAACUCAGAAGGCGGAGCAAGCCACCCUGGAGACAGCAGCUGUCCCACAUCCACUCAAGAGUCAAGUUUUGGAAGCCCAACUGGGAAUCAGUUGUUAGAUGAAAUCGAUGAGUAUAAAAAAACCAUACAUGACAAUACGUUACGGACAUCGGGCUCUUCCAGUAGCGAUGUUACCAAAGCUUCUUUGUCACCAGAUGCCUCUGAUUUUGAGCACAUCACAGCAGACACCCCUUCCCGCCCCCUGUCUUCUGCUAGCAACCCCUAUAAGAGCUCAAAAUGUUCCACCACCGGCAGCUCCCCUAAUAACAUGAGUGAGUUGUCCCUGGCUUCCCUUACGGAGAAGAUUCAAAAAAUGGAAGAGAACCACCACAGCACAGCAGAAGAGCUUCAGGCUACAUUACAGGAGUUAUCGGACCAGCAACAGAUGGUUCAGGAGUUAACAGCUGAAAAUGAGAAACUGGUGGAUGAGAAGACUAUUUUGGAGACUUCCUUCCAGCAGCAUCGAGAAAGGGCAGAGCAGCUAAGUCAAGAAAACAAGAAGCUGAUAAAUCUCUUACAAGAGCGGGUUAAGAAUGAAGAGCCCAAUGCUCAAGAAGGAAAACUCCUCGAACUGGAGCAGAAAUGCACAGAAAUUCUUGAGCAGGGCCGCUUUGAACGAGAGAAGCUGCUCAACAUUCAGCAGCAGCUGACCUGUAGCCUUCGGAAGGUCGAGGAAGAAAACCAAGGAGCUUUAGAAAUGAUUAAACACCUCAAAGAAGAAAAUGAAAAACUGAACGGGUUUCUAGAACUGGAGCGGCAUAGUAAUAGUGUGAUGGCCAAAACUCUGGAAGAGUACAAAGUUACCUUGGAAGGGCUGAAGAUUGAAAAUGGGUCUUUGAAGGCUCAUCUGGAGAAUGAGAAGCAAAAAGCUGUAGAGACCAGUCCUGUGGGGCAGACGGCAGAGGGUGGUGAAGUUCAAGAAAUGUUGAAGGUAGCCCACGCUGAGAAAGAUCAGCUGCAACUGUCUUGCACAGAGCUCAGACAAGAAUUGCUAAAGGCACAUGGUGAAACCAAACAUGUUUCGAGCCUACUAGCCAAGGUGGAAAAGGAUUAUUCUUACUUGAAGGAGAUAUGUGAUCAUCAAGCUGAACAGCUGAGCAGAACCAGCCUAAAACUUCAGGAGAAGGAGUCAGAGAGUGAUGCAGAGAUUAAAGACAUGAAGGAAACCAUAUUUGAAUUGGAAGAUCAGGUGGAACAGCACCGAGCUGUCAAAUUACAUAAUAAUCAGCUCAUCAGUGAGCUAGAAAGCAAUGUGAUGAAGCUGGAGGAACAGAAGUCAGAACUGGAAAGACAGCUAAAGACUCUAACUAAGCAGAUAAAGGAGGAGACGGAGGAGUGGAGGCGAUUCCAGGCAGACCUGCAGACCGCGGUGGUGGUGGCCAAUGACAUUAAGUGCGAGGCCCAGCAGGAGCUGCGUACUGUGAAGAGGAGGCUGCUGGAGGAAGAGGAGAAGAAUGCCAGGCUGCAGAAGGAGCUGGGGGACAUGCAGGGCCACAGCAGACCCAUUAAUGAAGAGUCAGAGCCCUCAGAGGUCGAUGCUCCUGGCCGGUGGCAUGGUGUCUAUAUGAACAGAGCGUCUCCAACACCUUCAGAGUCUGCAACCACUGUUAAGUCCCUUAUCAAGUCAUUUGACUUGGGACGCCCAGGUGGAGCUGGACAGGGCCUGGCUGUCCAAAAGACUCCCAGAAGCCCCCUAAGUGGGAUUCCCGUGAGGACUGCCCCAGCGGCCGCUGUUUCUCCAAUGCAGAGGCACUCGACUUACAACAGCGCCCGGUCGGCCAGCAAAGGAGUGGCUCAGCGCUUAGAUCUUCCUGACCUUCCCCUCUCUGGAGUAGGUGGUGAUGAUGUUGUUCACACAGAUCUCCUAACGGGAAGGGCUGAGGACUUGAAGCCUGACCCUUAUCUCCGGAAGAGCCCCUCGCUUGAGUCACUGAGCAGGCCCCCCUCUCUGGGCUUCGGGAACAUCAGGCUGCUGAGCGCUUCCACCAGGGGCUUGAAGCCACAGAGCAAACUCAGUGUGGAGAGAAGAGACCCUCUGGCUGCCUUGGCCCGGGAAUAUGGUGGCUCCAAGCGCAAUGCUCUCCUAAAAUGGUGUCAGAAGAAGACAGAAGGUUAUGCGAACAUUGAUAUCACAAAUUUCAGCAGCAGCUGGAGUGAUGGCUUGGCCUUUUGCGCUCUCCUUCAUACCUACCUGCCUGCCCACAUCCCAUACCAGGAGCUGAACAGUCAGGAGAAAAAAAGGAAUCUCUUGUUGGCAUUUGAAGCAGCUGAAAGUGUAGGUAUCAAACCCAGCCUGGAGCUCAGCGAGAUGCUGCACACAGAUCGGCCCGACUGGCAGAGUGUGAUGCAGUAUGUGGCCCAGAUCUACAAGUACUUUGAGACAUAAACCCUGAGGGCCCAAGAGCAGCCACCGACUCCUGCAGUUUGUCCUGGAAGCACGUGGUCACUUUCCACAGGCCCUGCCCUGCCCACCACCCAGCCGUCUGGAUGUCAAAGAAGGCUCAGUCCAGGGGGACCAACACGCAGGAAACACAGCAGGUUCCACCGUGCAUAUUAAAUCCAGACACAUUGGCAGUAUAAGCUGGGGAAGCCUUGCUGUCCCACAGGCCUCCCUCCUUCCACACCCGAGAGCUCACCAGGCUCCUUCCCAUGAGAACACGGGACAUCUCCACGCCCUCUGUGACUUCAUGCUUGGCCGCACUGAGGUUCACCACAUGCAGCACUUCCAGACCAGUCAUUGUUAUACUAAAAAGCCAACUUUUGCCCUUGCUACCUCCCACUCCUUCAAAAAAAAAAUAACCCAGCAAAACACAAAAAGACACAUUUGCCCUCAAGCAGCCUGGAAACACACAAGCCCUGCCUUUUUGAAAUUCGCUUAUGUUCUAGGUGACUGGUUUAACACCUAGAACUUGAUUACAUUUGUUAGAUCUCACUGUCACUUGUUCAUUUCUUUGCAUGGAAGACAAAACACCUGAGAAUGCAAAAGAGCCCGGGGCAGUUUGUGAGGUCUAUGUGGAGUGGCUGCAGAGAGAAGUAUCUGCUACCCCCGCACUGUGUGCUCAGCGUGGCCACAAACAUGCCCCCACCUGGCCGCUGGCUUAUAUGCAGAAAGGGAAACAUCAGUAGCCCCACCCACACCAUCCGUGCCCCAUUUAUUCCUGCCUGCACACAUUUGUCCCAAUGCAGAAGCUAAGAGAAAGUCUCGUGUGUGAAAUGGCCUUUGCCUGCCAGGCUGUUCAUUUGCACAAGGAGUCUGAGGAUGUAUAUUUCUUGGGAUACUGGGCAGAUGGCAAAUCUAAACAAUAUCUCAACUCUAAACUUAGUUUUUAGUGCAUCAUCAGGCCUUGUACACUGCAGACCAAAGGAAGCCCUUAGGGGUAGGCAGAGCUGCUCCGCUUAAAACUAACGGACGGCGUGGUUAACUGCCAUCCUGCCGUCAUGCUCCCCAAGCAGCCCCAUUGCCUGCAAGUGCUCGGUGCACGUGACUACCUGGCAGCACUGUGGCGUAUUUUUUGUGCAAACAAAGGGCCAUUGGCAGUAAACAAGGGUGCAGUUUGCCAUGGCAGUUGGGGUGAAUUGGUGGUGCCCACCUCUUGCUGUGAGCGCCCCUCUGACCAAGGGAAAUCCUGACAUAAGUCACUAAGGGUUACGAUGCUGCCGUCAUUACUUUAAGUCUCUUAUGGCCGGUCGGACCCUCGUUCUCAGCCAUGGGGCCUGGGGUCUGUGGCCAGGCCCUGCCUGGGGGAGGCCCCUCAUGGGGCGGGCAAGCUGCCCUGGCUGUCUUGCCUGUGGUUCUCCUCUGGCUGUAGAGCAGAAGCUCCUGGGAGCCUGUUAAGAGCCCAUGCUCCUGACUUGCCCCAUCAGUUGAAUCAGUAUCUGAAAUGGGACCAGGAAUGUCUUCUGUAUACUUUCAAGUUCCCCGGUAACCACUGAGGAGCGAGCACGUUUCUUCAGGGCACCCAGGGCCGGGCCAUGAGCACAGCUUGCUCCUGAGCAGAGCUUGAUGACAAUGACUACGUAACCAGCCCCCGGGUUUUCAAAUGGAAGUUAGAGGCACAGUUGGAACAAUCUAACUGACCCCUUCCUGGUGAACGCCUCCAAGUAGAAGUCCACAGUGGCGGUGCUGCGGGCAUCUGCCUUGGCGGUGUAACUGGUACACUUUCACUGUCUCGAGCUUCUGCCUGCUCACCAUUACAGUGCGGACCAGUGAUAUCCCUAGAAGCUGGGUUGAGCUGUUGUGUUUGCUCUGGAGUUAGUACAGGGUUUUGUCGGAGAGAGGCAGUUGAGGUCUUGGGAUGCCUGGAGCGGGUGUCGUGCAUUACGGGUUCCCUGGUUUGGGUGAUAAGCGUAAGUGGUUCUGAGUUCUGGGUGAAGCCGUCUCUCCCUGCUCCAUGCUGCGGCCUGCUCCCUUUAGGUUAAAAAGAAAAGUGUCAUAUGAAAGAACGGCCAUGUGCAGCUUAUUCUUAUAACUUGAAGAGAGCAUGCUUAUAAAGAGGAAAUGUCCUGCUCAUAGAAACACAGGGUCUGGCAGUCCUGGCCCCGCUGGGUCCUGGGGGAGGGGCAGGAGGCAGUGGAGGUGUGGGAUGAGGCCGUGGGGGAAGCUGUCCCAACCAGGGCCGGGUCACGGGCUGUGUUUUUUAGAUCUCCUUUUAAUUGAAGAGUUCAGAGCACAAGGUGAAUGUGGAAAAUUGAUAGAUUGAGAAAGGGUAGUGUCAGCAAACCUUACUAUUCCAUUUUCUGCCCUGAGGCUUUCACAGGCGACAAAUAUCCAGGUUUCUUCCCAUCUUCCUUCAGCCAAGCGUUAGUCAUUUUAAAUUAUUUGAUUGUUCUGCAGAUGCUUUUUUUAAUGGGUUAUUUUUAUAUGAAAGACAUGUAAAAUACAGGACACAGGAGAGUGGAGGAGAUUUUUAAAGACAGAAAGAGAAGCUCGCUCUUUGCAUUGAGUUGUUUUAUGGACUUGAACCUCGGUUGACUGAUGGAGGUUCACAGCCUGGCUUCACUCGGUUAGCACUCUCAGGAACGCAGGGCAGAUCCACAUGUCUCAGUUCAAAAACGAUGUUAGUCUUCGCUUUUUGUUCUUCAUCCUGUUGUUGUCUUGCAGCUUUAGUUGAGGCCAACCAGAGUACCCCAGGGCAACAAACCAUCUGGCAGUGUUGGAAAUCUGAGGCCUUGGGGAAAGCACCCCCUUCGCCAUGGAAGCACCCCCUUUGCCACAGAAGCACUGCCGGAUUCUCUCAAUCCCCACCCUGACCUCCUCUUCUCACCCAUGGAGGGGAUGGCAGGCAUUUCCCCCGUGUGUGGACAUAAGAGGACUCGGGUCAUGACAUACAAACCCAUUGCCAAAUGCAGCAGCGAAUCUCCCAUUCGAAGCUCAAGUGCCAUUUUGAGAUGAACUGCCAAUGAUGUGCAGUAUAUAACCUAGUGACUUUUUUAAAAAGUAUUUUUAAUGUGUCAUUUGUCCAAGUUCACUGGGCAUGUCACUUCUCUGACCCAGGUUAGAGUUUGUCUAAACCAGAUAAUAUCUUGAGUAGCUCACUAACUUUAACUGUCUGGGUUGAAUGCGGUUGAUCCAGCUGUGCCCUCGUUUCCAUCGCGAGCACACCCGAUUGCACCAGGUGGUGUCGGUGACAUGCCAACAUAGACGCGCUUAACUAUUCUCAUGAAAGUGUGCAGGUAUGACUGUAAUAUUCCUAAUAAAUAUAUUUUGUUUCUGUAUGA